AUGACCGUGGACGUGGACGAGAAGCUCAGUUGGGAAGCUCACGUAUCUGGGAUGCUGACCAAGCUCAGAGCUGCGGCGAUCACGAUAGCGAAACUCAGUUCAGCAGUCGUCAAGAAAAGUCUGAUCGUCGCCCAUGAAGCGCUCUUCGAAACUGCGGAAUCCUUGCAUAUCACUCAACCUGGACAUGACUCGGCAGCGUCUCCGUUCAAGCACGGCCAUCGGCCCGGAAUGAGUCCUCCGCUCCCGAGUAGUCGGGUGUAUCCCUUUGCCCCCGGAGGCAUUGGUUCUCAGGAUCCGAGUCGACCAUCCCCAUAUCCGAUGUAUCCACUCUACCGAGAUUCCGAGGCGGCUGCCGCGGCCGCCGCUUUCCAACAGCAGCAAGAGUUACAGAUGCACAUCGUGCGUUACCAGCAGAUGGCCGUCGCGCAGCAAGCGGCUGCUGCGGCAGCGCAAGCUCGUGACGAACCACCUGUGAGGCGGCGACCUUCGCUGCUGCCUCCGGCUGGACUACAAGAUUGGUCCGAGCACAACGGCCACAGCGGAAUAGAGGCCGCGGCAGCAGCCGCCGCCGCAGCUUAUGGUCGAGCUUCUCUGUAUCCAGGAAUGGUGGUCGACCAGCGGGCACAGCAGCAGGCUGCGAACGCCGCAGCUGCGCUCGCGGCCGCCGCUGUCGCCGAUCCCCACAAGCGGCCGCGCUUGUCGCAGCCUCUGGCGAUCGAUACGUCUGCGACCGUGGUCAAAAAAGAACCUGCAUACAUUCCGCAAGUCGAGGCCAUUUCUCCCACGCUGCCCGAGGAACGGAGCUCGAAAGACGAGCUCAACGCUCAGAUCAGCAAGCUCGGUUCGGAUGUGAGUCAGCUGGAAACGAGUAUCGCCAAGCUGAAAAAGAAAUUGGCCGACCUCGAGGCGCACGAAAAUCGCAAGGGCGCCGAGGGCGACGAGAGCGCAUCGACUACCGAAAGACAAAUGUCGCCUGCGCAAGUGAUCUACGCGGACAACCGCAAGAAGGCGCAAGCCGCACACGCUUUGCUCAACGGCUACGGCCUUAAGAUUACUCUACCUUUAUACAAUCAACCGUCGGAUGCGGUCAUCUUUCACCAAAACAGAAAGAAGUACGCUUCGUUCAAGAGCCGCCUGAUCGAGUUCCUCAAACGACGCCGUCAGGAGACGUCCAAACGAGAUGAGUACCUGAGUAGAAACUACACGCACCAAAUGGGACUGUGGAUUAAGCAGCAGGAGCGACACAUUGGCAACAAGAGCGCCGCUUCGGCGCGACGCCAAAAGGACCAAAAGCUUCGCGACUUUUUCGAGAAACAGUUCACAGAGCUGAAGAAGCAGCGGGAGGAGAAGGAACGAUUCUCCCGCGCGGGACAACGGGUUCGGAGCGACGCCGACAUGGAGGAGAUCAUGGACGGCAUUCAGCAGCAGGAGGACGAGGACAAGAGGAUGCGUUCGUACGCCGUUGUCCCGCCGAGACUGCUCGAUAAUUGGGAGAGGAGAUUUAGAUUCGUUUCGGAGAAUUGUCGGGUCGACGACUUCGCCACGGAAUACAAAGAGUUCCAAUCGAUGACGAUAUGGUCUGAUCAUGAGAAGCAGAUCUUCCGCGAGAAGUACGUGCAGUUUCCGAAGAACUUCGGCAUGAUCGCCUCGUUUCUCGAGAGGAAAACCACUGCCGAGUGCGUUAGCUAUUAUUACAUGUCGAAGAAGAGCGAAAACUACAAACGACUCAUCCGGAAACACAAUGCCCGGAAACGCACUCGAAACAACGUGACCAAUAAUCGCGGGAGUCAGCCUCAGACAUCAUCGGCGAACGUCCUGGCCGGCGUCAUAACGACCAGCUUGCCAACCGACUGCCGUCUGCCCCAGAGGCGUCAAAUCCAACCGUCGUCUUCAUCGUUACUGCCCUCUUCGGCCUCGGGGAUGGGGUUGUCUUCGAGCUCGGGCCAAACGACCACGUCCGCGCUAUCGACCACUUCUUCGACCGCUGGAUCGGCUGCCCCAUCAUCGCCAUCCGCGAGCAACGGCCUGAUAUCGGCCACGGAGUGCGUUCUCUGCAAAAUGACUCUGCCUGCUGAAGGAACGAGUGACGAGGGCGAGAGUCGUCUCUUGACGCGAGCCAACUGCGAUUUGUACGGUCUUACCGAAGAUCAGUUGGCGGGAACGGAACUCCGGGUGUGCGCCGAUUGUCGUUUCAAAACCGAUGAGGUUACGGUGCAGUGCCAGAUGCCGGGCUGUGAACAGAGGGUACGACGUCUUCUUCCGUUGCCGGCUGCCUUGUUAGAACAAUUCCAGCUGCAGCAGCAGCAGCGUGACGCAGGUGUUGAUCUCAAAAUUCUCCACGGUAUACAUAAGUGUUGUUCGACGUGUUUCAAUGAACUCCAGAAGAAUCGUUUGGCGCUCAAUAGUUUGAACGCCGCCGCCUCGGCAGCUGUCGACAACUGGACAGCUCCCGAAGUUGAGUCGAUGCGCAAAGCGCUCCGGGACUACGGAACCGAUUGGGCUGCGGUCUCCUCGGUUGUUGUAACGAAGACUCGUCAGAUUUGUAAAGAUUUCUACGCGCUCAACAAGCGCAAGCACAACUUGCAUUAUAUGGUUAACGAAUACCGGAAGGCGGAAGGUCUUGACGAGCCCCUAUCUGAAGCUGAAGAGGAGCCGUCGUCGGCGACUUCAACGCCGUCGGCAGCUGCAUCGACCCUGACCACGAAGGGUAUCUUGCCCGCUGCAGCUACUCCCACCACAGUUAUAGCGAAUACUCCCGCCAUCGUUGCGUUAGGAGGGAGCAAAACUUCUCAAGUCAUCAAAGAAGAACCGCCCGAGAGGAGGCACAGCACAUCCACGACUAGCGACACGGCCAGCGCUUGCAGUCCGAAAGACAUCCAGGAUGCAGAUGGUAAUUGGGAAGCCUCGGAGGGAGCUCAGACGGAAGGAGCGCGAGAACGAAAACGAUCCCAUCACUCGCACCAAUCGAGUCAUCAUAGAAGUGCCUCGGAGUCCAACUGCGGAUCAUCCGCAGCGCUGGACGGCUAUGACAGUAGUGCAACUGUUAGUGCGGAUGAAGGGGAGUCGAACAAGUCGAUUAUUGUGGCUAGUAAGAGCGUUCCCCAAUCAUCUGCACCAUCUGUUGCACAAACUGGCUGCCAGUUGUCGAGACCACCGGCCGGCCCGCCUGGAUUACUGAGCGACGAGCAGAGGACGCUGGACAGUGGGAGCAUUGCAAACGCGAGACCUCCAUCGAGGCCGCUGAUGCAUCCGCUUGCCAUUCCUCCGCCUCUGAUUCAGCCGCCGCCACCCCAGCUGACCGGAGGCGUUCGUGGUUCAUCGACGUCGUCCAGUGUCGGCGAUGGGAGCGUCGGUCAGCAGUCAGUGCGCGAUCUCAUUUUCCAAACGAUCGAGACGAUAGCAGCGGAUUACGAGGUGCAAACACUGGACCUGUCGAAAAAACCCGCACGGUCCACGAACAGCCCGCAGAUUUCUUCGACAGAAUACCGCAAGGUCUCAACACCGACCCGCAGCGGGGUCGAUCAGCAUCGCUAUUCGACUCCGCCGCCAGCUCAUUCGAACAGCUAUAGAGCUGCACCCACACCUCCGCCAUCUGCUGUCGUAUCGCGGAAAACUGCAACUCCGUCGCUUCACCCGCCAAAGCAACAAGGUCCUCCCCCACUAAUACCCAAACAAUUCGUACUGCCAACGUUGCCGCAGCAGAAUGUGAUUCGGUGGCCUUCGUCAGCUAAGAGUGUAAUCCAGGCUCCACCUGCCAAGUCGCGAUCUCCUUCAACUCACGUUCCUUUCCAAGCGCUAGUGAACGCAGCUGUAGCCCAACCGUCUUUGAUAAUUCCACCGAAAGAACAGGAGAAAGCCUCUUCGAAACGUUCUGUUGAGGGAUUGGAGAAGUCGUUGUUGGAAAUGCACGGUCACAUCGGAAGAACGGCCGCACACUCCUUGCACCAGCAGCAGCAGCAACAACAGCAACAUUUUCAGCAACUUCAGCAACAACAGCAACACCUUCAGCAGCAUUUGCAGCAGCAGCAACAACAACAACAACAAGCGGAGCCUUUCAGCAAGGAACAAUUCGAGAAGGAGAUGCGGAGCCAGGCGCAUAAAGCCGAAAUGGAGAACGAAGCCUCGAGGAUCUUCAGCGCUUCUUUUGCCAAGGACCCUCCCAAGAGCUCGGGCCUCACGGCAGCGAAUUUCAUUGACGCUAUCAUCACCCAUCAGAUCAAUCAGUCCGACCCGAAAUCCUUGGUCUCACCGUUCGGUUCAGUCGGAGGCGGGGGCUCGAGCCUGUCGGCGAUCGUGGGACCGUCGGAAAAAAUUCCCAGAAUGGAGACCCCGGCCGUCGGCCCGACGGAUCCGAGCAAGGAUCCGAAGGUUUCCUUCUCUCUUCAUUUGGCAACAAUGAUGCACAAGAACAUAACCGACUCCGUGCCCGGGGAAACAUCUGCAGAGUCGUGGAAACUGCGCAAGGCGCUCACCCCGCAGGCCGCGGUCUCGACCGGGGAAGCAGCGGGCGAGAGACCGCCGUCACGCGUGGGUCGAGCGACAAACAUGUCCGCUCUGGACUACAUGAAGAAUCGUAUCGAGGAAGCGAUGAGGGAACCGCAAGACCGGAGCCCAAGACCCACUUCCACGCCGCCGAGCCGGCCCAGUUCGAACCAGUCAUCGGCCGCCAGAGACGGUGCCGACGUUCGGGCCACCCCCCCGAUGUCGCAGCAACAGCCGCCGUCGUCGUCUUCGCAGCAACAGGGCACCGCGUCGAACGAAGCGCGGCCGAGAUCAAACCCCGCGAACAUUGUUGUCGACGAGGGAUCGUACCCGUACGCGUUCAGCUCGUUUGGUGUCCGACUCGGGGUACCACAAGGCUCUGCGACGCAGCCCCCCGUUUCGAGUAGCAGCAGUUCUACGCACAGCUCAUCUUCGCAGCCCCCGUCGUCCAAUGUCGUCACGACGACAGGCUCUCGUGGUCGGGAUACGAAUGCGCCGAUCACGAGCAGCAGCACUACCACGACGUCGAACUCGAAUCUGCUGAUGAACCAGUAUGAACCACUCUCUGAUGAAGAUUGA